AUGAAACUAUCAUCAUAUCCACCACUUUCGGGAACAACCGUCAUGGACGGAGAUGAGGUUGAUGUUAUAGUUUGUAUUGACCUCGAAGACCUGGAAGCCAAAGGCCUAUCUUCUAGUAGGUCAGGCAUAGUUUGUGCCGUCUGGCAUGAUAAUGGAACGUCGGAUGGAUGGAGGGAGGAUGUAAUGGUGCCAUGCUUGGAAGAUGAAGAACUCAGCGUCUUCUCAACCGUCAGUUCCUCCUCUCUAUACUUCAAGCACACUCUAUACCGCCCUACAUCCGGCCAACCAAUAUCCUUCACCAUAAACUAUCUCUACCCCGGCGAUCCAACCAAAAAAUGGGUAAACUUCGAAUACCAAACUAGAGACGGAAUCAUAAUAUUCCGUCCCGAAAUACCUAUCCCAGAUAUGAACAACAACUUCUUAAUUGGUAUGCCAGACCACCGCGCUAUCGAAAAAUACUUUACCAUACCGCCCCCACAAGACGGCUCAGUAAACCCCGUCACAAUCGAACAACUCCACAAAUCCAUGGGGAAUACAGUAGCCACAGAUCCCCGAACAUGGGUAUACACAUUUUCAAUCCCCACUUCUCGCACCUCUCGAGAUCCAGGGUACGCUGAAGCUGCCCUUGCAAUUCCCGUGCAAGGCACUACAAUCUCAUAUUUCGCAACUAUAAAACACGGUACAGCAUGGGUACAACCUCACCACUCGUCUUUUCGCGGUCUUAGGGACUACGAGGGUUUUCAUCCGCCCCGUGAAGCUAUUAUGACGGCGUUUAUGACUUACCAAGGUGAUGUCGUACUCUUCUUACCGUUGAGUAAUGGUGAAAAAACAGUAUAUUUGAAGGGGUCGCAGAAUGCUAAGGAGGAUGUGAUUAUCGGUGUUGGCCGGAAUGAUGGGUUUUCAAAAGUAGACGGGAAGGUUGUGGUUGUUGUUGCUAGAGACGUAGAAGAAGCUGUCGAAGAGGCAUUUUAUUGGGCGAAAAGAAUAGGAGAAGAUGGAAGGAUCAUGGAUAUCGAGGAAGAAGCAGAGCUAGGCGGCGGGGAUGAUCCAUGGAGCGACUCGUUGAAGUAUUGUACUUGGAAUUCCUUGGGAAGAGAACUUACGGACAAACGUAUCGUUAACGCUGUUAACGAUCUGUAUGACUCUAAGAUUGAGGUUCAAACAGUUAUUAUUGAUGAUAAUUGGCAAUCACUCGAUAAUAACGGCAGAGACUCCUUCGGUCAUCGGUGGACAGAUUUCGAGGCUGACAAAAUCGCCUUUCCAAAAGGACUUAAGGGUUUAGUGGAAGAUAUCAAGCGAAGCAAUAGAGGGGUAAAGCACGUUGCAGUUUGGCAUGGAAUACUAGGCUAUUGGAACGGUGUCAGUCCUAACGGUUGGAUCUCAAGAAAUUACAAACUAAGGAACGUAGGAAACGAGAGUAUCUAUGUCGUUGAUAAAUCGGACAUCGGCCGAUUCUACGAUGACUUUUACAAAUUCCUUUCAAACCAGGGUAUCACCGCCGUCAAAGCCGACACUCAAUGUCUUCUCGACGAAAGACUUCCAUCCGCCGAUAAGGGAGAAUUAUUCCCCGCAUAUCUCUCAGCUUGGCGUAACGCCGCAUCAAAGUACUUCGGAACUCGUGCGAUCUCUUGCAUGUCACUUGUCCCACAGAUCUUAUUCACAAACCACCUUUCCCCUUCACUUCCAAAAUUCACUUUGAGGAACUCAGACGAUUUCUUCCCACAUACACCAAACAGUCAUCCAUGGCAUAUUUUCGCAAACGCGCAUAAUGCGGUCUUGACUGCAAGAUUAAACGUCACUCCUGAUUGGGAUAUGUUCCAAACACGUCAUGAGUGGGCAGGGUAUCAUGCCGCAGCACGGUGUAUCUCUGGCGGACCGGUUUACAUCACCGAUGAUGUCGGAAGCCAUGAUAUCAGCAUCGUUAAGAAGGUUACGGCAAGAUCUAAGACCGGGGCUAUGGUGACACUUAGGCCCAAUGGGAAAGCGAGAAGCGCUGAGUUCUUUAUAGGAUUUGGGGAAAAGAGGCCAUUAAGGGUUACUAAUACUGCUAGUAUUUCAGGGUACGAUAUCGGGCUCCUGGGAACCUUUGACCUCGACGGUGGGAGGGAGAGGACGGAUAUGAUCCCAGUAAGGGAGAUUGUUGGGGACGAAGUUAUUACCACGCUUGGCGGCGAGACGCAAGUUGUUAAAGAGUUUGGUGUAUUCUCGCACCAUACGAAGAAAGUACAAAUAGUAAAGAGCUCGGGCUUUGUCAAAAUGAAUGUAGUAAAAGGUGGAUGGGAUGUCGUCGCUGUUUGUCCUAUUGUGCCAGUUAGAAUCGACGGUGGGAGAGGAGAAGUAAGUGUUGGUGUAUUCGGGCUGCUGGAACAAAUCUCUGGAGCUGCGGGUAUGAGCGAGGUUAAGAUUGCGGGCGGAAACUCUACCGUUAGGGUUGGAGCUGAGUUGAAGGCGCUAGGAAUCUUUGGCAUCUACGCAAAUUACUCGGACCCGAGUAGGUACGGUAAGAUCAGACAAGUUACAAUUGGUGGACAAGACGUACCCGAAAGGUUUUGGACUAUUGGACGAGGGAAACAAUACGGCGAGAUUACGGUUGAUGUGCAAGGUGCGUGGGAUUACCUAAGGUUGGAUGAUAGAUGGGAUCUGUGGGUUUGGGUUCAUUUGGCUGUUUAA